AUGCAAAACUAGUUGAUUAAAGAAUCAGACCUUGAAGGAAAGAAGAAAUUGUUCAUGAAAUGGGCCUUAAAUUCUUUAAGAAAGUAUUUCAACAACAACAAUCUUCCCUAUCACAUUUUAUCAACUUGCGUUUCUAUCAAGCCCGGUUCAGCUUAUAGAUGUGCCACUCUGUAGUCAUAUCCUAACCAAGGAGUGUGGAAGUGUUUGCAAUCACUUCCUGAAAAUGUUAGGAAUGAUUUAAGAACAUAUUUCAUAGAAGAAUUAAAACUAGUGGAAAAUAAAUUUCCAUAGUCUAUUUUGAUAGAGAUUAAAAAAAGAAUCUAAAAAGACUUUGAUUUUGCUAACUUUUAUAGAGAAUUUAAAAGUAAUGAAGUCCAAAUAUAAACUUCAACAAUUGAAAAUGAAACAAAUGAUACACCGUAAAUUGAAUCUGACCUAACAAAUAAUAAGAUAAAAUAAAAAAAAUGGUCAAAGGGAUAAGGCUUUGUAAGUGAAUCAAGACAAAUUUUAAUAUAAAUGUAAAUAUGUAAUAGAUUUCCACCUCUUAUUCCUGUAAACAAUUUACAUUAUCAUAAACUAAGAACUCUUUAUGAAAAGAUUAAGGAAUAAAAGUUUAAAAUGUCUGAUGAUAUGCAGCAAUUUUAAAUGGAACUUGAAAAAUUUUGUAGAUAAGAAUUCUUUCCUUAAGAAAUAGGAAAAAGAAAAAAAAUAAAAAAAAAUAUUGAUCAGUAAUAAAUUGAACAGAUUGAUAUCCAAGAAAUCACAUAAUCAAAAUGCUUUAUCAAAGUAGAAAAUGAAGAUAUUGACAUAUUGGGCAACUUUAAAGAAAGAGUUAAAAAAAUCGAGCCUGGAAUUUAGCUCUUUAUUCCAAAUUUAACAUAACUAGAUUAAUAAACAAGAAAUUAUUACUAACAAAUGGAAGAUCAUUAUUAUAAAGAAUUAUAUUAUAAGGAGAAAGUAGAAAAUAUGGAAAUAAAUCCAAAAAAUAUCCUAUAAAGUUGGAGAUAAAACUAUUAAAUUUUUUAAUGUAAAGUUGUUUAAUAGAAAAUUGAAUUUUAAUCAGAUUAUAUUUGA